CCGCUAGCCUCGAAGCUGUGCCCUCAGCUCAUGCCCCGAAAGCAGCUUCCGACGCUGGGGUCCGAGCGAGGGACGGGAGGUUACCUCUGGCGAGACACCACUCGCUGCCUGGACGCCCGUGACGCGCUACGCCUGCGCCGCCGCGCCGGCCCGUGACGUCAUGACGCCCGCACCUCCGCCUGUGCUGUCUGGCGUGUGUUUCUCUAUAAUCCCGGCUGUAGCUGUGGCUGCUUCUGAGGAUUCUCUUCCGUCAUGGCCUUGGGAAUCAGAUGCUUUCGCCUGCUGCACCCUGCGUUUCACAGUUACCACACUGCUUUGAUCAGGCCUGUUUCAGAAGUUUCCAUGAAGACAGUGAGUGAAAGACAGCGUGACCAUGGGCAAUACUCAGCCUACCCAGCAGUACCAGUUCGCCAUUUUGCAACCAAGAAAGCCAAAGCUAAAGGGAGAGGACAGCCCCAGGCCAGAGUGAGCAUUAACACAGCCUUGGUUGAGGACAUAAUCAACUUGGAAGAGGUGGAUGAAGACAUGAGAUCUGUGCUGGAAGCACUGAAGGAUAAUUUCAAUAAGACUCUCAACAUAAGGACUGCACCAGGAUCCCUUGAUCAUAUUACUGUGGUGACUGCUGAUGGGAAGCUCGCUCUCAAUCAGAUUGGCCAGAUCUCCAUGAAGUCACCACAGAUGAUUCUGGUGAAUAUGGCCAGCUUCCCAGAGUGUACAGCUGCAGCUAUCAAGGCUAUAAGAGAAAGUGGAAUGAAUCUGAACCCAGAAGUAGAAGGAACACUAAUUCGGGUACCCAUUCCUAAAGUAACCAGGGAACACAGAGAAAUGCUGAUAAAACUGGCCAAACACAACACCAAUAAGGCCAAAGAAAAUUUACGGAAGGUUCGCACUAAUGCAAUGAAUAAACUGAAGAAGUCAAAAGACAAAACCUCGGAGGACACCAUUAGACUCAUCGAGAAGCAGAUCAGCCAAAUGGCAGAUGACACGGUGGCAGAUCUUGACCGGCAUCUGGCAGCGAAGACCAAAGAACUACUUGGAUGAAAGUCAGCAGUCACAGCAGAACACGCCAGUCCAGUGUCUGUUCAGGCCUUGGGUGGCAAGCUUGUGCCUCCACUGCCCUGACCAUCCAUUGGAGCCUAACACUGCUGCUGCUUCAUGGGCCUCUCAGUCUCCUGUUGGGAUGCUCCGAUUUAUGGAGUCUUGUCCUGGUUUCCUUGCACAGCCUUGUUCUGCUCUGAGUCUCCUGGUAUGGAAGCCCUCAGAGAAUGUCUUCUGUUGGCAGUGACCUUGACUGUGGUGUUACCACAGGACCAGGGCUGCUUUCAGGCUUAGCAGCUCUGCUCCUCAACACAGGAGCCUUCUUUCAAACUGAAUUCAUACCCUAUCCUUGUGUUAAACUCAUUUGGAUAAACGUGGGCCUUCAGUGUGACUACUUAUGAUCAAGCCUAAAUAAACUGGAAAUAACAACCACAGAAGAAA